AUGUCAACGACAAGCAAAGAAGAUGGCACCAAACGGAAAGCGACCGAGGAGCCCUCCUCCCCGUCGGCUGCGAAGCGCGUGAAGCACAGCGAAUCGGUCGAACCCGAGAAGAAGCCAGCCCUGAAACCGAUUCCUUUCCCCGAAAAGCCGGCCGUGAUCGAAGAGCGUACCGGCGAGAUAGAAUUUCGCGUGGUCAACAACGACGGCGACCGCGAAAGCCUCAUCGUCCUCACGGGCCUCAAGUGCAUUUUCCAAAAGCAGCUCCCCAAGAUGCCCAAGGACUAUAUUGCGCGCCUCGUCUACGACCGCACCCAUUUAUCCAUCGCCAUCGUCAAGAAGCCCUUGGAGGUCGUCGGAGGCAUCACCUACCGCCCCUUCAAGGGCCGGCAAUUUGCCGAAAUCGUCUUCUGCGCCAUCUCCUCGGACCAGCAGGUCAAGGGCUACGGCGCCCACCUCAUGUCCCAUCUCAAGGACUACGUCAAGGCCACCUCCGACGGCUUUACCAAGGAGAUUACGCUCGACCGCAGCGUGUGGAUGGGCUACAUCAAGGACUACGAGGGCGGUACCAUUAUGCAGUGCUCCAUGCUGCCGCGCAUCCGCUACCUCGAGAUGGGCCGCAUGCUGCUCAAACAAAAGGAGUGCGUGCAGGCCAAGAUUCGCGCCUACAGCAAAAGCCACAUCGUCCACCAGCCCCCAAGCCAUCAAGAACUCGGGCUGGUCCCCGACAUGGACGAGCUCGCGCGCCAACCCCGCCACGGCCCCAACUACAACCAGCUCCUCCACCUCCUCAACGACCUCCAGAAUCACCAAGCCGCGUGGCCCUUCCUCCACCCCGUCAGCAAAGACGACGUGGCCGACUACUACGACGUCAUCAAGGAGCCCAUGGACCUCAGCACCAUGGAGAGCAAGCUCGAGGCCGACCAGUACGGCACCCCCGAAGAUUUCGUCAAGGACGCCAAACUCGUUUUCGACAACUGCCGUCAAUACAACAACGAGAGCACGCCAUAUGCUAAAUCGGCGAAUAAACUCGAGAAAUACAUGUGGCAGCAGAUCAAGGCCGUCCCCGAAUGGUCUCACCUCGAGUCGUAUUAG